AUGGGCGUCCCUGACAAUGGGCCGCUCAUCGUGGGUGUGACAUGGUGGCUGACGUUCCUCUGCGGAGGGUUCCUAGCAUUGCGGAUAUACGCAAAGUUGAGUCGCAGGCAAGGCCUGUGGUGGGACGAUCACAUCCUCAUCGCUUCAUGGUUUCUGCUCCUAAUCGAAGCCAUACUUACACAGAUGGGCCAGCUGCUUGGAUUUGGGAGACGAAUCAAAGACAUCGACCCCGACAACAUCAUGACCAUUAUACUGUGGACAUCUAUCGGGGCCUCGAUCUCCUGCUUUGCGUCGACCUUGUCCAAGAUUUCCUUCGGCGCAACGCUGCUACGACUCACGUCCGGGCCGCUUCGAUGGUUCGUCUGGUUUUGCACCGCCACGCUCUUCCUCUUCAUGCUCCCGUCUGCCUUUAUCAUCUGGGUACAGUGCACGCCCGUUGAGAAGACGUGGGACUCGACAGUCGAAGGGAAGUGCUGGGACCCCACAAUCACCGUCAACUACGGCAUCUUCAACGCGGCAUGGUGCGCAACGGCCGACAUUGCGCUCGCGCUCGUCCCGUGGAAACUGGUAUGGGGCCUGCAGCUGCGGCUGCGGGAGAAGAUUGGCGUCGGCAUCGCCAUGAGCAUGGGGAUUCUCGCCGGCGUCUGUGCGAUUGCAAAGGGCGUGUACCUGAUCCAGCUGCGCCAGGGGGACUUUUCGUACAACGGCAAAGACGUAACCAUCUGGACGGCGGUCGAGACGGCCGUGGCCAUCAUCGGCGCCUCGAUCCCCGUGCUGCGCGUCUUCUUCCGCGAAAAGGUCGCGUCCUACAGCAACUCGCGCGGCCGCUCCAUGGCGCCGAGCACACACCAGCACAUUCCAAGCACGCCAGCGACGACGCGGCGGAGCAUUGCGCUCAGCUCCAUGGCGCCGAACAGGGACAAGGACGGCGUGUGGACGCGCAUCGAGCCGAUUGACGAAUGGAGCGAGCAUGUGCGCAGCGUGGCGAGCGUGCGGAGCGCGGGCGAGAGGAGCGAUGAGGAGAUCGGCAUAGCCAUCACCGACGGCGGGCGAGGGGGCAGCCAAGAGGGCAACCAAGAGGGCCUCUGGCAGAAAACGACGACAACGAGGACCAUGGCCGAUGGAGAGCGGGAAGCUGGCCGCGAUGGGAGAGGCACGAGCUGGCUCAUCUAG